GUGCUGGUGGCGGCCGUCGGCGGCGACGACGCCACCGGAGUCAUGGACUUCGUGUCGAUGCCAGAAAGCGACCUCGUCCGAGUCCUCGAGACGCUCGAGGUGGAUGGCUUCCCCGUGGCGCACGUUCGCGACAAGCGGCGCGUAGCGGACUUCCUCGACCAGGGUGGCGAGGGCACCUUCCCCAUCCUCGGCGAUGAGACGAUCGCGGAGGCGCGCCAGCGGUACAUCGAGGUCACAGCUGGGUCGCCGCCUGCAGCCGCGCGGACGACGGAGGCACAGUUGUCCGGCGUCUCAGCGGAGAUCGGCAAGGCCGCACCGUGCGUCGACUUCGCCGUCUUCGGGCCGCAUGGCCGUCGGCCGGCAAAAGCCUGGAAGUUCGAGUCACAGGUGUGGGUCGAUGUCGAGCUGGAGACGCGGAUGAUCGUUGGCCCUUCGAACUUCGAGGCGUGGCGGUCUUGCUGGCUCGUCUUCAGGUUGCGC